UUUCAAAAUACUUGAUGUUUUGGGUGUAUAUACAGCACAACCUAAUCUCUUUCUUAAAAAGUAACAAUAAAAAUAUAAACCAAAAUUAAUUCAGCCAAUCCUUAAAUAUAAAUAUAAAACAUCAUUGGUCACACACUUUCAAUAAAACUAAGAUUAAUAUAAAAAUUCAAAACAUCAUCUAUUUUGAAACAGAGGGAGAAACUGAAUAGCUUUUUAAACCCUGAUAUACAUAAAUAAAUACUCCCUCUGUUAUUGAAAGUAGGAUUUUCUAGAUUUAUUUUUUGUUGUAAAAUGAUAGAUUUUUUAAAAAAUUUAAAGUAUUUUUAGUAGUUAAUGUUGAAAAGUUGUAUACUUUUAAGAAACAUUAAUUAAAAAUAUUUGAAUACUGUUGGUUUAUAUUUAUUAGAAAAUGUAUAAUAAAAUAAAUAAUUAAUUAAACUGUAAAAAAUUAAUUGUUUCUUUAAUACGCCUGAAUAUAAUAUUAUCCAAUCGUAAUAGGGAAGAAACUGAAUAAGCCUUUUAAACCCUGCUAUACACAAAUUCCAAACACAGUCUCUAUCUCCCUCUCUUUCUCUCUCGCUACUGGAUCUUUCAUUCAAGUGACUAGACUAACUGGCUCAAAAUGAGUGAACUCGGUCUUGGAACCCAUCAUGCCCCGCCUGCAUCACCAGAGACCACGACAUUUCUCGAUUUGCUCCGACAGAUGGACGUCCACGAUCACACCAGGAGAAAGAAACGGACUCUUAAGGAACGGCUAGGAUUUAAAAGAAUCGGCUGCUGUGGGCCCGCUUGGGGACUCCGGUUAACUAAUAACACUCGCGCUAGAGAAAGAGACGAACCGUUCGGAACCGGACUCGUUUCCGAGUUGGAUCAUGUAACGGGUCGAAUGAAUCUUGCAACUGCGUUAGCUGCGGAAAGGCAUUACCAAAGAGAACCAACGGCAGCAUCAUCUGGGAGUUCGACGCCGUUACCUGUGUCGUUAAUGAGGUUGCUCGAGGAAACGGCGGAGAGAGUCGUCGUCGAAGGGACGGAAACGGAGAGAGUAACGGCGUCGUCGACGGUUAAAGGUAGUGAUUCAGUGUGCUGCGUGUGCAUGGGAAGGAAGAAAGGCGCGGCGUUUAUCCCAUGUGGACACACUUUUUGCAGAGUGUGCUCUCGAGAGGUGUGGCUGAAUCGAGGAUCGUGUCCCCUCUGUAACCGUCCGAUCAUCGAGAUCCUCGACAUUUAUUGACGAUUUAAUCGUGCACGUGACUUCAGUGGUGGUGGUGCGUCUAGAGAUUCACGAGAGUGUUAAUUACGUUUUCUAUGUUUCCGUUAUUGGAAAUUGGAAUAAAUAUUAUUGAAGUUCAAAAGUAAAACUAUACUAGGAUAAGACCCGCGCCUUGCGCGAGAUUAAGUUAUUAUUUUUAUUAUAUUUUGGAGAAUGAAACAAUAGUUUGGCUUCA